AUGCCGAUUGCAGUGGCCGUCAAGGCGCUGGCCGACCUCCCCAUGAGGCGCUUGAAGCUGCCGAAAGGCGGCGUGGGGCGUGACUACCUGCUGACUCAGCUGACCAUCAAGGGGCAGGGCCCCUUUGACUUCAUGGUGGACAGCGGCCUCACGGCUGAGCUCAUCACGCCGCACCUGCAGCAGGCUUUGGGCAUAAAGGGCGGCAACACGCGCAUAUCGGGGCUGGGCGCGGGCGGCUCGGUGUCGGCCGGCCAGCUGGUUGAACUGGAGGGCGCUGCCCUGUGCUGCGGCGACUUUCCCUACACGGGCGGCCGCAGCCUGCCGCUGCCGCCGCUCAACGCGGUGGUGACGUCAUUCCCUCAGGAGCACCUGGACCCCGCACACGACCCCGUGGAGGGCAUGCUGGGCAUGGAGAUGCUCUCGCUGUUUGACGCCGACUUCGACUUUCCAGCGGGGCGGCUGCGGCUGUACAAGCCAGGAGAGGGCGUGGCCGUGGCCCAGGCGGCGGGCCUGGUGGAGAUACCCGCGGCGGUUCUCAAUGAGUCAGGCCUACUGGGCAUCCGCGCCACCUCCCCGGGCGCCCCCUCCCCCCAGCCCUUCACCGCCAUCCUGGACUGCGGCGCCUCCUUCAGCGCCAUCAACUGGGCGGCGGCCGGACUGGCCGGACUGCCGCCGAGGGGGGACAAGGCCUACCAGCGGGGCCCACAGAUAUUCAGCGUGGGCGUCGACGGGCGCCCAGCCCCCUACCCCACGCACCCCCUGCAGCUGACCUACAAGGGCGACGCCUCCAAGGACCCCCGCACCGGCGCGCUCACGUUCGAGGCCCCACCCGCGGCGUGGCGGCCGUGGGGCAAGGUGGACGCGGCGGUCGGGGACCUACCCGUGUUUGGGCAGCUGCUGGGGGACCCUAGCGGGCGCACGCCCUUCACCGGGCCCGCGGUGCUGCUGGGGCUGGACGUCCUGUCGCAGCGCCGCACCAUGCUGUGCGCGGGCCAGCCCGGCCAGGGCCGGCGCAGGCAGCUGUUUGUGAGCGGCCGUUAA